UCUUUCUUCCGCCUACAAAUAUAUCAUUUUCUUCCUCACUUUUUCUUCAAUCUCUCUUUUCCCUAUUCCAUUUUCAUCUUCAUCUUCAUUUUCAUAACAACAACAGAAACUAACUCUCUUCUACCAAAAACAAAUACAUAUUUUUUAAGGUUCAUUCUCUCUUAGGUCAGGGUUUAAACAAGGAUUAGAUUAUAUACACAAAUUUCUAUAUGGGAGAAGCACCAGCAUUCCUUGUUGAUGAUGACCUUCAAGAUGGGCCUCUUAGUGGCCUUGAAUUAACUAAUGGAACUUGCAAAACAAGGACUAUCUUCGGCGAAAAAACGUAUGUCACUGUUGGAGCUGAUGAUGGAACUUUGUCCAUUGACGUUCAAAUUUUUGACCCUAGUCUUGGAGAAUGGGUUUACCCAACUGUGCUAGGAACUAAACCCUUGUCAUGCAAAGGCCACUCGGCUGUGCUUUUCGAGAACCGGAUUCUUGUUCUUAAGAAGGGUUCUAAACCAGAUGAUCAAAUAUGGUUCCUAGAGGUGGACACCGAUUAUGUUAGGCAGCAGAGGAAAAAAUUGGGGACAGAGGUUGUUGCAUGGAGUAAGGGUGUGAUUGGCAAUGCUGAGAAACCUAUUGUUAUUAGUGGUCCUUCUGGAGUUGGUAAAGGAACACUGAUAUCAAUGCUCAUGAAGGAAUUUCCAUCGAUGUUUGGUUUUUCUGUGAGCCACACCACCCGUGCUCCUCGAGAUAUGGAGAAAAAUGGGGUCCAUUACCAUUUUACUGAGAAGAGUGUGAUGGAGAAAGAGAUUAAAAAUGGAAAGUUUCUCGAGUUUGCUUCUGUCCAUGGUAAUUUGUAUGGGACCAGUGUUGAAGCUGUUGAAGUUGUGGCAGAUGCAGGAAAAAGAUGUAUUCUUGAUAUUGAUGUUCAAGGAGCAAGAUCAGUGAAGGCUAGUUCUCUUGAAGCCAUAUUCAUCUUUAUCUGCCCCCCAUCAAUGGAAGAGCUUGAGAAGCGCCUUCGUGACAGAGGGACUGAGACAGAGGAGCAGAUCCUUAAGCGUCUGCGUAAUGCCUCGGCUGAAAUUGAACAAGGAAAGUCUUCAAAUAUAUUCGAUUUCAUCUUAUAUAAUGACAAUCUUGAGGAGUCUUAUGAAAGACUUAAGAAAUUAUUAGGACUUAACGGUUUUGUCGCUGCUCAACCGAAAUCAGCCGCACCUAGAGAGAUUAAUCUACCAAUGGAUCAUUCAGUGUCGAAACUCGACGACAAAAUCAUCAUAAACUGCAUCACUUCUGGACCGGAUAAAGAGUCAAAGAGCUUGAUCAUGUUAGAUGUUUCCUCACUAAAAGGGGGUGCACCUGGAAGGACAAGAGGGCUUGAUUUUCAUGUGAUAGGCUUAAUGAAUCAACUUAGCUAACAUUCUAUGAACUUUAGCCACAACUAACUUGGAUUUCUCUAUUCAUAAUUGUUACUUUGAGAAAACGUAACACUGCGAUAAGGCAUUAGAUUUAUGAGUUGAAACAUUUUUUUCCCUUCUCACUGUCGUUCUUUGAUUGUUUGUGGCAAUUGAAUUGAUUUGAGUAGUGUUGGCAAUGUCACAUUUAUUAUUAUUAUUCCCUACAUGGGCAAUGAAAUGAUUUUUAUGA